AUGAAGCUUCUUCGUUUAUCGUAUCUUUGUCGCCGUGCCACUGCCCCGCCAACCACCAAGCUUUAUUCUACCAGUUUCGCGGGCAUGACGUCCACGGGGGUACCUGCGCUAUUUAGAUGCCUGGAAGAUGGUUCAGAAACACGCAUUGAAGCGGACGAUCUAUACAAAUACCAGCGGUACCGAUGGCUGAAGGGAGAAUCCAAACGGCUAGAGGCACGAUAUCGUAAAUUCCACCUAGGUAACCUGCUUGGCGCGGCAAUCCAAGCAACGAGCCAUGAAGGCAUACGAUGUCUCAAAGUCGUCAAGUGUGUGGAAGGCCAAUACAACAAAGCUUUCAUCUUGACCAUGAGUAAUGGCCACGAACUUGUGGCGCGAUUGCCGAGCCCCAACGCGGGCCCUGCAUUCUAUACAACAGCAUCGGAAGUAGCAACCCGUCAUUUUGUCCGCGAGGUCUUAGGAAUCCCUGUCCCAAAGACCUAUACCUGGUCAGCAGAUGCGUCGAAUCCGAUGUCAAUAGCAUCGCAACUUGAAAUCAUCGACCAGGUCGUCGACAUGGAGAAGAAACUUGCGUCUGUAUCUUUUCCAACUCAUGGAUGUCUCUACUACACAUCCGAUCUGAAUUUGAGGGACCCUGUAGACGGACUUGAUACCAUGCUCGACAACACGUUGCUGCCAAACGGGCGACAUCACAGCGAGCUGUCCCAAUUUACCAUAGGACCAUCAAACGAUCGAAAGCUAUGGCAAGGCGAGAGACAUUCGAUGACACUGGAUAGGGGACCAUGGACCAACGCCGCAGAUUUCGCGACUGCCAUCGGGACAAACGAACUUGCAUGGGCAGAAACCCACGCAGAGCCACGACACAAUUUCUACCGCUCAAAAGACCAGCCAGAAAGCCCGGAAGAGUACAGAUCGCUUAUUCAAAAGUAUUUGAAAGUUGCCCCUGAUCUCAUCCCCAACCAACCAAUUAAAGAACACAACAAUACGCUCUCCCAUCCAGAUCUACACCUCGACAAUAUCUUCAUCGACCCGGAAACACACCAGAUCAAUGGGAUUAUUGACUGGCAACUGGCUGCCGUAACACCUAUAUGCCUACAACGGCCUCAUCCCCAGAUGCUAGAACUCUCGCACAGCCCUCGCACCGAUGAACAGAAGGAUCGAGAGGAGGAGCUUCUCCAUUAUUACUACAAAUCACGCGAGAGAGCCAAGCUCCCUCAGUCAAAAGCUUUGACAGACCCACACUUGUCCAUCAGAAUAAACCCCAUAACCCUAGUACCCGGGUGUUGGGAGCGAGAGGACACCUUCUCACUACGAGAGGCAUUAAUAAAACUAGCUGCUUACUGGGACCAAAUUUACCCCGACCACAUACCAUGCCCGAUUGAUUUUACCGAGGAAGAGCUGACCGCGCAUCAAUGCGAGAGAGAGACCUUAUUGAAGGGGGAAGGACUGAUUCCUAUUGGGGGAAUGGUCCGGCCGGAAGAGUAUGAUCAUGCCAGGAUGGUGAGCGACUAUUUUAAGAAGGAAUUCAUGGAUUUGGCAGAGGAUGAGCAACAAAGAGAGGUACAUGCCAAGGUGUGGCCAUAUUAA